GCCAUGGUUGACUGGGGCAGCCCGGAGGUCAUCGGUAUAUGCCUUGAAGUGUCGGAAAAACUUAGUUUAUAUUUUACUGGGCUCUUCACAUGGCACUUCGUGACCACCUUCAGACUUGUGGAGUGGCAGCUUUUGAGACGGAGGAUGAAGUGGAGGUGGGCAUAUAUAUAUUACCUCGGAGGGCGAUAUUUUUUGCUCGGGUUCCAACUACCUUUGCAUGAAAUUAUACAACCUGGCAAGUGCCUUUCACGCCACAAGCGAAGGGCUGAUCCCAUUGUAUGAGCAGCUGCAUUCGAGAUCUCAGCGAUAACAGGCUGCAUGAUUUCGGUCUUCGCGAGCGGAAAUCUUUUCUUCCGAGUUAUAGCGAUAUGGAGAGACUACCGCAUGAUAGUUGCGUUCCUGAUUCUGCUCGCCAUAGGGCACUGGGUCUUGGUAUUUGCUGUGAUAAUGCCUCCAAUAAUCCGCAGCCACGGCAAUUUUAUAGUGAACCCUGACAGUAACACGAAGAUUGACAGUAACAACUCAGUACCCUUCUUGCUCUAUACCUUCUCAUUAGACCUUUUCAUCGUUUUAAUGACGAUUGUCGGGCUGUUAAGGCAGCGCGCCGCGCGUUCAUCCAAGCUAUGGAAGUCAUUGUACCGCCAGGGGAUCAUGUACUUCCUCACGACGUUCGCCGUGCAACUUCCCACAGUCAUCUUCGCCUGGGAUACAGAAAGCGCAUGUAUGAUCGGCGCCUUCAGCAUGCCCGGACUUGUCAUAAGCGUCAUGGCGUCAUCCUACGCCGUAAUGUCACUCUUGGCCCUGCCACACGCGGCAGACCCAGACGACAUUCCGGCCGUCCGCGAAAAGCCUGGCCACGACAUGUCGCUGUCACCGCGAAGGUCCCCGCGGCUGAGUACGAAUAUUAACUUGCCCACAGGCAUGGAUAGCACAGUAGCUUCUUCGAAUAUGAUAAGGUCGCUGCCACAGAUGCGUAUGCAUGGAGAGCACGACUUGGAGGCUACUGUAGUCUUUGGAAGCUCCGGCCGACGGGAGAGUGUAGUCUUGUAUAACGAAAAGAACAUGUAACUUCUUACCAUCACGCUCCUUAU